AUGCUGAGUGUGAUGUGACUCCCAGCCAUCGGUCAUAACGCUGGCGCCGCUUCACCAUGCCAGACAGUUUGCUGACGUCACCAUCAUCUCUCCAAACGCAUCCUAAAUAUUUUGCAAAGAAAGCCUCCGUCAUCCAACUGCCUUUUAGCUUUGAGAACACCAUUUCAUAACAGCGUCUGUUUUUUAGGAUUAUCUGACAUAAUCCUUAGACUGACCUGUGGUAACCCGCGAGACAUGUGAGAGGAUUACCCUGCGGUAACCCAGGCCAAUGUUACGCAUGCACGGACACCCCACCUUGAGAUGAAUACUUGUUUGCCUGGGAGUUGUUUACUUUGACAUGCUGAGGGUGUUGACCCAAAUUCUUUCUGAGAAAGGCCUCUCGGGCGUGCAGUCACGUUGUCAUAAUGUGUGCUUCGCAGUUUUCCUGACUGCUUACGCACGCAGACAGCGUACCUCAGUCAUACCACAAUACAGUCUCUUUGCCGACCAGCACACAUGGACGAGCUCUUCGGAACUGUUUCAAACGUUUUUCCAAGUCGUUUUAUUCAGCAUCAAGAACAGACAUGUUUUGCCUGGCGUUUGCCCACGGUCCAAACAUGCAGACCAUGCGGCCAAGUUCGCACCUGUUUGUCAACCCAGAACUGACCACCUCCUCGAGUUCGUACUGUACCAUCACCUCAAGCAUGGAAAGCAGCACCCAGUCCGAAUCCUUCCCAGGAGCAGUCCAUCCACAGAGGGUGAGCCCGGAAGAGUCCAUCUGUAACACGUUCUGGCGACCUCGGCUGACCUUCCACUCCUUCCAACACGGGCGCUCGCUGGUGGACUUUGGCUCGCUGUGGCCCGACGGCGACCACUUGCGCAUCCUGGUGGGAGAAAUCCACACCAACACAUCACUACAAGGAGCCGUGCUGUAUCUGUGCAAACUGGUGCUGAGGUGCGGGCCUGUUCGAGUGUUGAAGGCGCUGGUAGAGCAAAAAAUCAUCGGUCCGGACCAGAGAUUUGAACCACUUGGAGGGACCAUGAUGCAUCUGGCCUGCGUUGCCCAGAAUCCCGAAGCUGUCAGUUAUUUGACCUCCGUAGGGGUCAAUCUCAAGGCACAGGACAGAAAUGGACGCACAGCCGACCAGGUCUGCUACUGCCCCAAGACCCGUAAGAUCCUACAGCCCUUCAAGUCCGCCAUGCAGGCGGUCGCCCAGCCCUCCCCCAGGAAGAAGUCCGUCGCCUACGUCAGCGUGCAGCAGAAACAAGACAUCUUCUCCCUGGCAGAGGAGGGGCACUACGACGAACUGCAGAUCAAACUACAGACAAUGGAGUUUGAUGUGAACAAUGAGAAAAGUGCAGAGGGAGACUUACUCAUCCACAUUGCAGCUGCAGGGGGGGUUGACCAGCUUGACCUGUUGAUGACCCUGGUGUGUAUUCAGGGUGCCGAUGUCAAUGCUUACAACGGCAAAGGUCUCACUCCACUCUGCUUAGCUGCGGACCUGGGGCAUGCCAUCACUGUUGAGGUGUUGAUCUGCAUCCUGGGAGCUGACCCUAACAAGUGUGACCUGGUGCGUGGAUGGACCCCCCUGCACUAUGCUGCCUCCCACAACUACAUGGACAUCGUCAGUUGCCUGUUGAAGCGCGGGGCGGACGUCAACUUGGAGAGUUAUAACGGCCUCAGACCAGACGAUGUGGCCAAGAGGUACGACGCGGCAGACUGCACAGAGAUCAUCGGCUCAAAAAGGACGGAGAGAUGUCGGUACUAUCGGCACUUGGUGCAAGAGGGCCAGUUGCUGGGAAAGGACCUGACUCGGAGAGACCUGUUUGUAACGGACAUGACAGGAUCAACACUUCUGAUGGUGGCAGCAGAGAACAACCGGGUAGAGAACAUGCUGGUCCUGCUGGGCAUGGAGGAAUGUCCGAUAGACGCACAGCACGAACGGAGUGGCUGCACAGCAUUAGCAAUAGCAGCACGGGAGGGCCAUGCAGAAGCUGUCAGGACUCUGUUGGAGCACGGUGCCAACCCCAGCAUCCCUGACGUUGAAGGAUUGCUCCCAGUGCACCAUGCUUGUAGGAACAGGUGUUUCAUCGUGGUGGAGAUCAUAUCACAUUACAGACAGGGUCUCACGGGCCUGGAGCAAGCAUUGAAACUAGCCACAACACCAGAGAUUCAGUCAGCUGUUAGAUAUGCCAUUGACAGGCGACAGUCCGAGCUGAUCACCCCUCUGCUGUUUGAAUGUGCCAUCAACGGGGAUGCUGACAGACUCUUUUGUACACUAGAGUCAGGGGAUGAAGUCAACCAAACUACUGGUGCAGGGGACUGGCCCAUGUACCUGGCAGCUGAGAACGGCCACCUGGAUGUGAUGAAGAUCCUGUAUGAGAGGAAUGGAGACAUAUCCAGACUACACAAGGCCAGUAAGAACACAGUCCUGCAUGUGGCCUGCACCAGGGGGCACCUGCACGUGGCCAAGUAUGUGCUGCAGUUCUGCAGAAAAUCACAAGGUGGCAGUCCUGCACUGCUGGAUGUCAAUGCUGUCAAUGCAGCUGGGCUCACAGCACUGCAACUUGCAGCCGAGAAAGGUUACAGCAGGAUUGUACGAGUGCUGUUGCAGAACGGAGCGACCACAGCGCUGUUAGAUGCAUACGGAGAACUGUUACAGCCGGAUUGUUACAGCAGGAUUGUACGAGUGCUGUUGCAGAACGGAGCGACCACAGCACUGUUAGACGCGUAUGGAGAGCUGUUCUCCUGUCCACAGUACCAGGGAGUGCAGAUGCUGAUCGAGACACAUCGCAAACGCCACUUGGAGAGGAUCCUGGAGUGUCUGGAACACCGUGACCUUCUGGAAGACGCCGGUAGACUCUUCAGCAUGCCUGAGAAACACACCCAGGCCUCAGGCCUGCUGUUCCUAGAAACUGUCUUCCAAGACUUGUGGAGGAAGUUACAAAGGAUAAUGGACACCUUGAGAAACAAGAAGGGCCUUCCACAACUCAAGACCAUCUGGCAGCCUCCGUUUGACCACAACAUGAGGUCACAUGACGGAGACACGCCCCUCAUGGUGGCCUGUUCCCAUGGCAACCUGGAUUACUGUACCUACUCUAAUAACAGCUGUGUACGAGGACAACUGUCUGUCUGA